UACCCCAUUCAAAGUCAUUUCAUUUCAACUGCGCAAAGAGUCUCCCCAUUCUUCUUCUUCUCUCUCUAUAUACUUGUGGUGGUCGCUAGUGUACGCCAGUACGUACAGUACGCACCACCAACUUCCAUUUUCGCACUAUAUAUAUAUAUAUAUGUAUCUUCUCUCAUUCACAUUUCCUACGUGAAUGCCUAAUACUUCACCAUUUGCCUUUGAUUUGGAUCGGAUAUUGAAAUGGAUCCACAAGCUUCAAUGAUGAACCACGCCGGAGGUUUUCAGUCCCCGCCGUUUAAUUUGGCUGAGAUCUGGCAGUUUCCGAUCAAUGCGGCAGGAGACGCGACAGCAUAUAGUUUUCCGUCGUCGACGGCGGCGGCGGCGGCGCAUAAUGUUAGUGAUGUUCCGAAUAAUGAUCCAAUGGUUCUCGACCGGAGAAAAACUAAUUACAGCUGCGGUGGUGGUGGUUCAGCUAGGAAUCGAAACGAGGAGGAUGAAUCAGCUAAAGGAGUUUCCACUAGCGGCAAUGGCUUGCAGACUGAAUCUGAUAGUAAGCGGCUGAAGGCUACUAGAUCAAAUGAGAAUUGUGAAUCUAGAGGUGAUGGGGAAGGGAAUUCAGGGAAAUCUGCAGAGCAAUCUGCAAAGCCGGCUGAACCAAAGAAAGAUUACAUUCAUGUGCGAGCAAGGAGGGGUCAAGCUACUGAUAGUCAUAGUCUAGCUGAAAGAGCUAGGAGAGAAAAGAUAAGUGAGAGGAUGAAAGUCCUCCAAGAUAUAGUCCCUGGUUGUAAUAAGGUUAUUGGCAAAGCUCUUGUUCUUGAUGAGAUAAUAAAUUAUAUUCAAUCAUUACAACACCAGGUUGAGUUUUUAUCGAUGAAGCUUGAAGCGGUUAAUUCAAGAACGCCAAGCAUAGAAGGAUUUCAAGCUAAAGAUUUCGGACAGCAGACAUUUGAUACAAAUGCUAUGGCAUUCGGUUCACAAGCUACAAGGGAAUAUGCCAGGGGCACAUCACCAGAUUGGUUGCAUAUUCAACUUGGUGGAGGAUUUGAAAGAACAACAUAAAUCCGCAUCAUAAGGUUAAUAAUCAGAUCAUUGGGAGGCUAAUGCCUUUGGUGAUUGCCAGAACACAUGGUCAGUCGAGGUUUCUUUGAAAACUUAUAUCCCGUACCUUUAUCAGGCAAAAGGUUUUUGAAUGUCUAGUACAGCUGAUAGACAGACAACCACGUUUUUGCACUUCUUUUUUUUUUUUCGUUGGUAAAGCAUCUGUCUUGUUAUACUUGUAGCAGGCACAAUAUAAGUAUUCUUGUGAAAAACUGAAAAUGUUUGUUUAAUAAUAGGUGGAGAAUGGGUGUAUCAA